AUGGAAUCCGAACUCGAUCGGUUCCUCGACGCCCCAGAAGAAUUCUACUACGAUUGCUUGCCGACCCGCCGUCAAUAUUCAGAUAAUCCCUCCGCCGCGAGUCUCCGGCGGGGAAUGUCGGCACCUCGCCGGAAUUCGAUUAUUUCCGAUAUAGAAACAGAGCCGUCUUCUUCUUCCUCAUCUGAUGGGUUUAAAGUCGUCGGGGAAUCGAGGUUGUAUGUGGAAAAAAGCGACGAACUUAAUGGGGAUUUCGAAGAUGGCGACGUAAUUGAAUCAACCAAUGACUUAAUUGAGAACGAUUCUGAUGCAAUUGAUUCUUUUGAGGAUCGAGACAAGGAUAUCGAUGUAACUGAUUCGGAUCGGGACCGGGUUGACCCGUUUCAGGAUGUGAAUCGCAUGAUUGGAGAUGAAACUGAAGAAUCUACAGUGACCAGCAUGAACCAUGAUCGAGAAGACGACUAUGCUUUAUCAGGAUCAACAGAUUGGUCUCUCCUUGGGUUUUUGGCUGGGUUAGUGAUCAAAGCAAUCGAAUUUCAAGUCAGUUUGAUGAUAAGCUUUGUCAAAUUUCCUGCAUUGUUUCUCUAUUUCUGCUCUCUCUUCGUUUUUGAUCCCUUUAGUGGAAUUAGGCUUGGAAGACGCUAUUUAACGACAAUAGUUGCAAGGAUAAGUGAUAAGAUCUUGGGAACUAUGGAUCCCUUUAAGUUGAAUUGGUUUAAAGAUACCAAACAAAUGUUGAAUGUUGCUUGCAAGUUUGGAUGGGGUUUGUUUUGGGCUUUUUAUGUAGGCAUUGUCUUGUUUGGCUUGUUGGUUUCUGCGCUUAUGCUUGGUGGUUUUGCGAUAAACCGUAUAGCCGAUAAGCCGUUCGUUGUCAAGGAGAUUUUGAAUUUCGAUUACACCAAGAACAGUCCGGAGGCAUAUGUGCCUAUAACCUCGUGUGCUGGUGUUUCUUGUGAGGGAAGUUGCAAGGAAAGUAAUGAAAUGUGGAAGAUUAGGGGCACGCGAGUGAUACCUCGAGACCAUAAGUUAGAGAUCACUCUUUCGAUGACGUUACCUGAGUCUGUGUACAAUAAAAAUCUCGGCAUGUUUCAGGUUCGGGUGGAUUUCUUAUCUGCGGAUGGUCAAACGCUUGCUAGUAUAAGGCGUCCGUGCAUGUUAAGAUUCAGAAGCGAGCCUAUACGUCUUGUUCAGACAUUCUUCAAGGUGGUUCCGUUAGUGACGGGAUACGUCUCAGAGAUCCAAACCUUGAGUUUGAAGUUGAAAGGCUUUGUAGAAAAGGAGAUUCCCACAGCUUGCUUAAAGAUAAUGAUCGAACAACGGGCAGAAUUUCGACCCGGAGCAGGUAUUCCAGAGCUGUACGACGCAUCCCUGGCGCUUGAAUCUGAUCUGCCUUUCUUAAAAAAAAUUAUAUGGAAAUGGCGGAAAACUUUGUUUGUCUGGAUAAGCAUGAGUCUGUUCGUUACGGAAUUGCUUUUCACGUUGGUUUGUUGCAGACCUCUGAUCAUCCCAAGAACACGACGUAGAGACAGACCCCCUUCAAACCCGAUGGGAAGUAGAUGA